GUCCCCUUCCUCCUCGCUGCAGCUGUUGCGCCCUCCCGGGCUGGGGGCAGGGCUGGAGACCUGAGAUGAUGGCGGCGGCGGCGGCGGCGGCAGCUGCUGCUCCAGCCGCAGAGAGGCCCCUGCGCCAGGCGCUGCGUGCCAGCCAGGCGGCCGGCCGCAGCAGCCGCCGCAGCAGCAGCACGAGGCGCCUCCGCCUGCCCGCUCCCCAGCGCCCGCCGGGGACAGUCGCGGGCUGUGCGCGCAGAGCAGCCGCCGUGGUGCCCCCCGCCAGCAGCAGGGUAGAGUUUCUCGGCGUUCUGGACGGGGGCUGCUGCGUGUCCCGUGCCUCCUGCUGACCUCUCGCUCGCUCGCGGUUCCCCGCAAAUCAUUCCUCAGCCAUGAGCCGCCGGGUGGUACGGCAAAGCAAAUUCCGGCAUGUCUUUGGGCAGCCGGCCAAAGCCGACCAAAUGUACGAAGACAUCCGGGUCUCCAAGGUGACGUGGGACAGCUCCUUCUGCGCCGUCAACCCCAAGUUCGUGGCCAUCAUCGUGGAGUCAGGCGGAGGGGGCGCCUUCAUAGUGCUGCCUUUAGCCAAGACAGGGCGUGUGGACAAGAACUUUCCCUUGGUGACUGGGCAUACGGCCCCCGUCCUGGACAUUGACUGGUGCCCGCACAAUGACAACGUCCUUGCCAGCGCCUCAGAGGACACGACCGUCAUGGUGUGGCAGAUCCCAGAUUACGUCCCGAUGCGCAACUUGACGGAGCCGGUUGUGACUCUGGAAGGCCAUUCCAAGCGUGUGGGCAUCCUCACCUGGCACCCCACGGCGCGAAACAUCCUCCUCAGUGCAGGGGGCGACAACAUGAUCAUCCUCUGGAACGUGGGCACCGGGGAGGCCCUGCUGACCCUGGACGACCUGCACACCGACCUCAUCUACAACGUCUGCUGGAACCACAACGGGAGCCUCUUCGUCACCACCUGCAAGGACAAGCACCUGCGCAUCAUCGACCCCCGGCAGCGCCUGGUUGUGGCAGAGAAGGUCAAGCCGCACGAGGGUGCCCGCCCAGUCCGGGCUAUCUUUAUGGCUGACGGCAAGGUCUUCACCACUGGGUUUAGCAAGAUGAGCGAGCGGCAGCUGGCGCUGUGGGACCUGAAAAACUUCGAGGAGCCCAUAGCCCUCCAGGAGAUGGACACAAGCAAUGGGGUCCUGCUCCCUUUUUACGACCCGGAUUCCAGUAUAGUCUACCUGUGUGGCAAGGGGGACAGCAGCAUCCGGUACUUUGAGAUUACGGACGAAGCCCCGUACGUCCAUUACCUGAGCACCUACAGCAGCAAAGAGCCCCAGCGAGGAAUGGGUUACAUGCCCAAGAGAGGGCUGGACGUCAGCAAGUGCGAAAUCGCCAGGUUUUACAAGCUGCACGAACGUAAAUGUGAGCCCAUCAUCAUGACGGUGCCACGAAAAUCUGACCUUUUCCAAGACGACCUGUAUCCCGACACGCCGGGUCCCGAGCCGGCAUUAGAGGCGGACGAAUGGCUGUCAGGAAAGGACGCUGAGCCCAUCCUGGUCUCCUUGCGCGACGGCUACGUCCCCGUCAAGAACCGUGAGCUCAAAGUCACCAAGAAGAAUAUCCUAGACAGCAAGCCCCCAACAGGGCCACGGCGGAGUCAGUCCACCUGUGACUCCAACUUCUCUCCCUCCGCCCUAGAGGAGCUCCUGGAAGAAAUCCGCUCUUUACGGCAAACCGUCCAAGCCCACGAGCAGCGCAUUUCUGACUUGGAAAACACACUGUGCGAGUUUGCAAACGGAACGGACUAGAGUCCCCCUAUCGCACCCGGCCCUUCCUCCCCCGGAGACCGGGAUUCUGCCGCCUCCGCCAGUAUCUUCCUCCGGGAGUCUCUGCAGCUUCUUCCCAGCAGCUCCGUGGAUGCCUGUAGGGGCCCUGGCUGGAAACGGCUCUUUGGCACUGGGGGGGUUGCUUCUCCCUGCCCAGACCCCCCUUCUCCCUUUGCUUGGAAUGGUCUCCUCCCUGCGUUGGGGCUACCUUGGUCUUGGACACCGACUCCCUUGUGGGGGGCGAGCGGGGCCAGAGAGGUGAUGCUCUGGCCUCCCUGGAAACCAGCCAGGGGGGCGCCCAGGCUGGGCUGCUCACCCUCUCUGCUCCCCGCAACCUCCACGAAUGGGACAGAAGUGGGGAAGGGUACAUGCGAUGUGUUUGUGUGAGUUUUGGGGUGCAGUGAAGGGAAGGGUUAUGGCUUUAGGUUCUGUGGGUCGAGCGGUCUUUGCCUAUGGAUAACGGUGGAGAUUGAGUGGGGGGGGGGGAGAAGGGAAGCGGGAGACAGGCGCCAGACCCUGCAGGCAGGGGCUUCUUGGCCCAGGGGUGAGAGGAACAGCCAGCUGCUGCGUAAAUAGAGCAGGAUAGGACGGGGUGGCUUACAGAUGUUGGGUGCUCUGAGGUCAUGCCAGCUUGCAGAGUGGGGCGCACCCCACAUUUUUGCUCUUGCAUCUGCAGCAGGUGUGGGGCAGCCCGCCUCCUGCCUGCGGGGAAGCGGGCUGGACGUCCCUCAAGAGGUUGGCCCCUGGAACACAGGCCAGGCGUGGGCAAAGGAGCAGAGAGUCCUGGGCGUGAGCAGGUGGGGUGGUACUGGCCCUGCUUCUGCUGCAAGGUUUGCCCCCCGCCCCAGGUGCUGGGGAAGAGAAGAGGCAGGACCAUCGCUCCUUUGCAUAUGCUGAUUAAAUAUAUGUGCAUUUAAAACGGC